UCUUCUUAGUACGAACAAACUUAAGCCAACAUAGAUAAGCCAAUAAACAAGUUUAACACUACAGCCAAAGAGGAAGGAGUCGAAUUACAAGAAUGACCUCGGUGGAAUGUGGUCUGAUCAUACGUGCACAAUAAACUACAUGUAGUGCUCUAUGUUUCGAUCAGGUUGAAGUUGUGUGCUUCUGUUUCUACGUACGCAUGCUGAAAGCUUAUCACGCUUAAUAGUAAUUGUUCCCGAGUAAAGUAAAGCCAACUGGAAUGAAUUGGGAAUUUACACAUGUCGACAUCGAUUCUCUCCAUGACCAGAUGUACGAGCACUGACACGCAUGUUUCCAGACCUUCGUAGUCGCUACACGUGUGCUACAUGGUGUAAAAACGUUUGUGUCGUAAACUUGUGCAUGCGUUUCAUAUGGUAUAUCAGGGAGAACAUUGAGAGACUGUGAGUUUGGAAUUGAAUCGGACAUGUUUCGCUUUCGAUAAUGAUCAAGCAUGACAAACUGAAUAAAACCUAAUGAACCUCGCACAUCGACGCAGUGGAUGGGACUGAUCUGAAUUUCAGACGAAUUCAGGAUUGAGAGCCUGCGGGACUGACAAGUCGUUCGCUCGAAUCACGGACUUCGCUUCAUUGAUAGACCUAAACUUUGAACUCUGUGCUCUGUGCCGAACAUGGCGUCCCAGUCUGAGUUUCCCUCAAGAAGACCCUUGUGGAGUACGUAUUGGUGUCAGACCCCUCGCCUGCCAUGCUUGCUGUUGUUCUUUGGGUUCUUGUUAGUUGGCGGACUCUUUUUACACGUAUAUGGACCUGUGGCAGUGAAUUUAGAGUGGAGUGCGGAUAGAACGUACCAGUAUACCAACUCACAUCUGUAUCCACGGGUGACACGGGCUCCAUGUAACGCAACGUGUAGAUGGCUCCGUGAACAACAAAGGAGGAAGCAACGCGUCUCAUCUACAUGCAACUCCUACAGAAACUCGUCAACUGCGGAUCUCAGUUACACUUUGACCUCCAAACUCUUGAAGACGAUGAAGCAUUUCUUGGUGCUCGACUCGCACAAGUUAAUCUACUGCUACAUCCCUAAAGUUGGUUGCACCAACUGGAAGCGAAUCUUUCUGGUUCUAAGCGGUGCCAUGGAUCACACCAACAUGACCACGCAGUAUGAGACGCACCUCAGUGCUCAGAAGAACAUCCGAACGCUGGCCGAGUAUUCCCUGGAGGAGGCUAAACAGCGUUUGGCCAAUUACACAAAAUUCAUGUUCGCGCGGCACCCGUUCGAGCGGCUCUUGUCGGGGUACCGGGACAAGUUCCUGAUGGACUACCCUUCAAGCACGAUCUUCAGAAAGAACUACGGGCCGAAGAUUUCGUCUUACGGGGACCCGAGACAGAGACGACCCACAUUGCGAUCCGAUGGAACGUUGAACGUGUCCUUCGCUCAGUUUGCACAGUACCUGGCGGACCCUGCCAACAAGUUCCGCGGUAACGAUCCCACGGAACAUUGGAACGAAAUGUACCGCAUGUGUCACCCAUGCGCGGUCACUUACGAUAUCUUAGGGAAUUUCUCCACUCUUCACGAGGAUGCAGACUUCUUCUUACACCUUCAAGGACUAGACGGCAAGGUGUCUUACCCGAAGUCCACCAAUCCAACCAACAGCUCCGACGAGCAGUACCUGGCCAAAUAUUUCGCGAAAUUACUGCCGGCUGAUAUCGAGGCUUUACUUGCUCGGUACUCCGUUGACUUUGAAUUAUUCGGCUAUACCGCUCCGUCUUCAGUACAAACAAUUCUUCAAGGACGAAGUAACCUUCCACGAUGGGCUGAUGUAGCUUAAGUGGACUUCCAUGAUCGGAUGAGAACAAUGCAACACGGCUUAAUCACUUGACGAUGUGGCCGGUAACAUAUGCAUCGUAAAAACUGUUGCUAUACAUGUAUUGACCUUUAUCAUGCUGCCACCAUUCCAGUCAUGUUCUCUGUAUCCAAUAACAGUACUGAAUGAUAAUGUUUUUUUUGUGCAAAAAGGAACCAGACUAUUUUCCCUUUCAGCCUCGCUUUGGUUACGUUGAUUUGAAUGGGGGAAAAAUCAAGAUGGCCGCAACAUGAUUAAUGGUCUUCAAGAGAAAUUUUGCCUGUUUUGGUAGCCUCCUUUCUCAAAAUGCUCACAAAAAGUCAUGUUUAGUCGUAGCUGUCGCAAGGCGAUCCCUAUAGCGCCGCCCUAUAGACUGACAUACAAUGGACAACUCAACACGUAAACCAAAAGACUAAAACUCAGAUUUUACUAUAGAAUAAUCUAACAUAAUUUAAUAGCAAAUAAUCAAAAAUAAGAAAAUACAACAAAUGAAGAAUUUAAUACAAUAAAUAAAACAAGCCGGCGCUAGAAUGGAUGCUGACUGCGUGGCUUGAACCGGCCCCUCAAUUGGUUGAACCCUGGGUUGAGUUGAAGAGUAAUCCGCAUGAAAAGACCCUCAUGAAUGAUGACCCCGAAUAUGACUGUGGAGCUGAACACCACACCCCGUAUAACUGGAUACAGGAACCCCCUGAAAGUAUGAAUUAACAUUCGAUUGUUUUAACAAAAACUCGACCCUAUUAUUUUGUCAAUUCAGUUCCUGACACAAACAUUAAAAACCUCAGCUUACAAAUUGGUUUUCCUGAGAGAAACACAUUCAAAAUUUUACUUGAUUAUCACUUUGUCUCACUCAGUUUGAUCAUGGAAAACUUUAUCUUCUUUACUUUGUUUAUUUUGUUAUUUUUAUUUGUCUUUUUUGGUCGAAUCGGCACCGCAAUGAAUACACAGGAAAUAGAUCACGUGCGCGGUGCGCCCUCACUGAGGCUAGGCUUUGUCAUAUUCACUGACAAUGAAAGUACAUGUACAAAGGGUUUACUCGUUUGUAAAGAGGAUCAAAGACCUGCCCUCUGAUGAUGCGCCCAAUGCAAGGGUGUUUGCAAAACAAUUCCUUACAUGAUUAAUUUCGCACUCUGCCUUAAGGUGGUUCUUAUUUCUACCAAAGAAAGAUUUGACAUCACUAAAGUCUCGUCACACUUCAUGUUCGACGUGACAUCGGAAUCCCUCUUUGAGGACAAGUGACAACUCGGAUUAUCACGUGACCGUAUUCGGGAGGGGGUUGCAAACACUCUGGGAACGACAUCGUCAGAGUGGCCAAGUCCGUAUUUUGUAUGUUACGCGGCUCUGUUAUGCAGCUGCUGCACAGCCUAUGCACAAAUGCUAGUCCAUUUUGGGGGGGGGGGGGGGCAACACACGUUUUAAAGGUUAUGUACACACACUUCCGGUUUUGAUGGUCCCUGAGGGCCAGCCUAGCGGCCUCUUUCUACCUGAAAUCUAUCGGGCUCCAAUCAACUGUAUGCAGCAAUCAACUUACUGACGUUUUAUGUCCCGCAGUCGUGAAUUUCCAUGUAUCAUUGGCAGGCCGAUACUCGUAGAUCGAGACAUUUUAAUGACUCUUACGUUCUGUACCCUUGGCAGGAUAUGGUUUACUUUUAUUUAUUGUGAUGAGGUUUUAAUGUGUUGGACUGUUGAUGUACAGGGAGUUUGGAUGAUAACAUAAUUUUAAGACAUUUGCGAAUUGAAUUGUGUUAUUUGCUUUCAUUAAAAGGCUACUUGAUUGUCAAUAUA